GUUCGUGCAGUGAGGACGUUCUGUACACUCGUCCACGAGCGGGGAGCAACUUGAUUUUUCGCCGCGACGAGACAGAGAACGGACGGUUGCGACGCGUACAGCCGCAUCACUCCAUCUCGAAUACUCGAGACAAGGAGGUGCGCGAGCAUUCGGCUCGGUUUUCCGCGGCCGACGGACGAUCAUCCAACUUGCGAGGACGCGCGAGGGUCGAUCGCUCCGAACUUUGCUUUUGUUUUGCUCGUUCGCGCGCGAAUUGACAGUCCAAACGUUUCGCCCCAUCGAUCGGGGGUGGAAGUCCGUUCGGCGACCGAGGUGCUUCCCUAUCGGGAUGACGCAGAGAUCGGACGGGCCAGCUGAUCGCCGUACAGUCUCACCGGCUUGACGCGGACUUUGUUCAGCUCUGUUGCGUUGUGCGCGCUUAUCGUGACGUGAGAGCAGGAGAGACGGCAACGAGAGAGACAGCUGAGAAGACGUGCGUGAGGAGCGCAGAUUGAUUGAGGGAGGGAGAGAGGAAGGAAAACAGGUGAGAAAGACCGGACUUUUCGAGUGUCGAGUAUUCCCGUCCGCUUGUUUCGGACGCGCGCGGAGUUGUUUUAAUUUCGCGCGGCGCCGACACCUGCGGCAACAACUAACUGCGCGCGGGCUUUUAUCGCGGAACUUUUGUGGCGCCGCCGUGUGGUGUGGUGUGCGCGGGGGGUGAGCUUAAAGUUCGCGAGCGCAAGGUGGGACGGCGACCGUGCGCGCGCGUGCGGCGUAAGAAAGACAGAGACAGAAACGAAACACGAUACUUCGAGAAAGUUUACUGGAACGACGUUCGUUCCCGCUUCUAGAGGGGACAUCUCGCUCCCUACGUGUCACGGAAAGUCGUCGGAAGCGAAGGAAGUAGACAAAAGGAGACGACGUGGAACGGGAAGGCAGGAGAGAUAUAGAGUGAGGAAGGAAGAAAGAAAGAAAGAUAGAUAAAGAAAGAGAGGGGAGAAAGUACCGCACCGCGUGCACUCAUCGCCAACCCUCCCCCCCUCCCCUUCGCCCUUCUUCCUUUGUGUUCACCGAUCGUCCCUGGGCCUUCGGGUGGACGCCUAUGGCUUGUCAGUAGAGGAGAAAAAUAGACGGAAGAACGAAGAGGGUCCGGCAGGUAGAGAAGGAAGAGAAAAGAUAGGAGUAGUAGGGACGGAGACAGGAGGAAAGGGUCAGUAGGAGACAGGCCGGACAAGCAGAUAGAUCGACGAGGUGGACAUUUCCCGUGACGAAAGGGAGCAGAAGGAAGACACCGGAGAACUGAAUAUGUCUGCGAAGCGAAAGUCCACUGCCAUCAUUCAGCACCAUAAGGAGAACAUCUCGACCCCGGAGCCCGCCGACAUAUCCGAGGACGAUCACUACCCGAUAGCGGCAGGCACGCUUAUGAAAGACCCGGAUAAGCUGAAACUGAUGCUGCUCGCGUGGAAUUAUAAUCUCCAGCAACAAGCCGCUCAGGCCCAGGCUCAGGCCCAGGCUCAGGCCCAGGCCGUCAAUGCCGCCCUAUCGCCAAAUAACUCGUCGACCACUACGGCGACCACCGUUGGCACACCUGUCAGCAGUCAGUCGGCCAUUUCCACAGCAAACAACACCAUUAAUAAUUCCACCCUUACAGAUUCCAGGAACGGUUCCGCGGAAUUGGUAGACAUGCCGGCUGGGACAGUACCGAAUCUGAGCGCUGUCGCGGGUGUCGGUACCGAGGAAAUGGCAUCCUUGUGGUACGCUAUGGGUUUUAAGAAGACACCACCGCCGGCCUCGUCGGCGACGCCCUCAAGAUCGGAUCGUGACCGAGAGUCCAGUCCACCCGGCGGCGAGGGGACGGGAAGCGCUCACGACGAGACCAGUAGUAGCGGCAACAAGGAGGACGAGGACGAUGACGACGAGGAUGCGGACGAGAGGCUGGACCCGAGACACCAUGACCCGGAACGCCUCAAGGCAUUUAACAUGUUCGUGAGGCUGUUCGUCGACGAGAACCUGGAUCGCAUCGUGCCAAUAUCGAAGCAGCCGAAGGAGAAGAUACAGGCGAUCAUCGAUAGUUGCACGAGGCAGUUUCCCGAAUUCGCCGAAAGGGCGAGGAAGAGGAUCCGAACGUACCUGAAGAGCUGUCGGAGGAACAAGCGCGGAAGGGAGGGCGCCCCUUGGGAUGCCGCAAGACCCACGCCGGCGCAUUUAACGUCGGCACAGGCGGAGCAGAUCUUGGCGUUUGCUUGUGAAAACGAAAGCGAGAACGCUAAGCGUAUGAGACUCGGCCUCGAACCAGUGUCGCAACCAAUGCCCACUUUACCGGCAGCAACACAAACCGACGUGCGAGCGAACAUGGACCAUUUCUCGAGCACGACGGUUAAGGCACUUCCGGGCAAGAGGGAGGACACACCGCCGGCAUCGCUAACGGCAUCCCUCACGCCGCUAACCAGUUUGGCGAGCUUGCCGAGCAGCACCCUCUCCUCCACCCCGCUGUCGCUCGCAUCCGCGUCCAAGUUACUCACGCCGACGGACAACAAAGGUCUCAUGAGCCAAACGACGAUAGUCAGCUCAUCGGCGGUGAAUGGUGUCGCCAGCGGCGGUGCGCCGACCGCGAUGUACAGACCGAACUUCAGCCAGGCCUUCCAGCGCGCCGGGCCCACAACGGUACCGCCGACCCUCUCCGCCGGGCUGUACCCGACUCAAAGUUUCACAUCGGGUCUACUGAGCAACGGUACACCAAGACCCACGGAUCUCAGUAUGAAGAACACCAAGCCGCUACUGAGUCACAAGCUGAACGCCACGGAGAUGACCGCGGUGAAGCAGCUGAUCACCGGCUACCGGGAGUCCGCGGCUUUCCUCCUCAGAUCGGCCGAUGAGUUGGAGCAGUUGUUGCUGCAGCAACCAUAGAGCUACAUUUACAUCGCCGGUACUUCGCAACUGGGCUCGUCGUAGGCACGGCGGCCGAAGGGAGGGGAUAUCGUGGACGCAUACGCACGGCUGUCGUUGAUACCGUUGGAGAGGAGGCGACCAGCCGACGAUGGACACACCUCGUUAUCCAACCGUCGGCAACAUGGCUCUCCUCGUGGACUUAUCCUUUGCCGCGAAAUGCUCGGUCUCAGCAGUCGUGAGCAACUCGAGGAUCGAACCAACGAUGUCAGAUGAUGAUCGCUAUGCCUGAUGGCAUCGGGUCAAAUCCGAGGAGAGUUGUUGCGCUGCUGAUCCGAGUCUUUUCAAGCGUUCUCGCCUGCGUCGUAGCGAACUCGCGAGGAGAUGUCGUUCCUCGACGAAGAGCCCGCACGAGAAACGCGCACAGAGGCUGACGUCGCUACGAGAGAAAGAGAGAGGGAGAGAGAGAGGGGAGGGGGAGCUAAGGGAGAGAGGGAGGAGACUCGCAGACAGCGGAAGGGCGAUACUUUUAACGCGGUUUCUUCUAUAUUGUUGACAUAUUUUGGCUAAAGUCGCCAAUAAAGUUCCAAGAAUAUAUAAUAAAUAAUUGCGUAUUUCAUUAUCGCGCGUCGUCGCGACGUUUCUAAUUCCUAGGCUUAAGGAAACUAUUCGACAGGGUGUAAAUAAAGAGGAAUAACGAGAUAUUUACUUAAUUACUGAUAAGCUUAAACCGACGGGUGCGGCGGAUGCGCGCGCGCGCACACGCGCAGGUAAGACGAGAGAAUACGGAAGCCUCGAGAUGAAAAACGUAUAAUCGUCGUUGUUCGAAAAACGCACGCUGAAUAUUUUCUAACGAGAGACGCGAGAGAGCCUUCCGCGCUUGCAACUUUUUCCUAUUCCGACUCGUAAGCUUCGCGUGAAAGAAAAAAAAGGAAACCGCUCUCGCGGCGCGUUGUCGUGAGUCUAAUCCGCAACAGCAGUCCGCGUUGUUUCGGUACGAUUGACGAAGAGCCGUUGCGUGUUCUUACGGGAUACUAAAAUUUCGCUAAAAAUCUGUCUGUUGUUAUGUACAUACUACGUGAAUGAUAUAUAUAUAUAUAUAUAAAUAUAUAUAUAAAUAUAUAUAUAUAUAUAUGAUGCAAAUAUAUAUACUCCCGCGCGAGAACGUUUGAUGUUCCUCGGAGGAGCGUGGUCGAAUGAAUCGCGCCAUUCACCGCGAGAGUGAGCGUAAGCAAAAUUUUGAGAAAUGGAUUUAACGUUUGGGAUGGAGGAGACGAUACGAAGAUAUAUAUAUAUAUAUACAUAUGUAUAUGCUAUAAUAUAUAUAUAUAUAUAUACACACCAGCCAAAUUUUGUAUGUGGAUAUUUUCAAAAUUUCUCUUUCGCCACUCUCGCAGUGAAGGGCUCGGUUCGAGAAGAUUCUACGACAGUCGUACGUGUACAUACGAGCAAAGUGCGUUCGCGCACUUAAUACACGUGUACAUAAAACAAGUAGGUCGCAGGACAAGAUGGAUUUUUUUAACGGUGAGCCGAUUGCGCCACGUCGCGUCUCGCUCGAGGAAAUUUCGCAACCAAGGGACUCCUCGUCGCGGAGGAGGUGGAAGAGGUUAAUUAAUUAAUUAAUCGAUCGAUUAAUUGAUUGAUUAGCGACAACUGUGUACAACGCGUUUGUAAUGUAGUCAGGCCGGGCUCGUGUCUCGGAGGCGAAGAAGCGUUAGUGAGUCGGGAGUAUAAUUUCGGGACCAUCUUGUCACGAUCGGACAAUACGUUACAACCGUAUUCGUGGUCUCCGGACGCAUCAUUGUGUUACCAAAGAACACUAAUUAUUAUUAUCGGUAAUAUUAUAGGUAUAGCGAGUAAGUAUCGCGUUCUUUUUUUCAAUUUCGUUCUACCUUAGGACAACGCGUGUUUACCUCUCGCGAGGAUCGUGAAUUUAUUUCCCUCGUCAAGCUGAUCGUACGAGGAUGCAUACGAGAUCGCGAGAAUUCACGCGAAGAUUGUGUAUAUCUGAUAGUGCGAGUUCAUUUAUUAUCAUACUCUUGUUACUAUUAUUAUUUGACAUUACUUUCUACAAUACAUUAUUGAAGUCGUCAUUUUUAUUAAUUAUUACAUUUUUACCAUUAUUGUCAUCGUCGUCAUUAUCGUCGAGUUUCUCAGAUCGUCAAGUAAAACGAGAUAAUUGCUACGAAUCGAUUCCUGCAAAUCGGGGGAAGCGAGAAGACGGAGCGAGACACAACUCGUAUGCGACCACCUCGCUCCGUCCUCCAACCUCCAUUUUCAAAGGAAAGUUUUUGCUCGUUAAGUCUAUUCUGUCGUUGUUUUGUACAUAGUUUAUACACAUUGUCGGAGUGCAUAUAUAGAUUACGGAUAUUAAGUUGCUUAAGUAAUUAGAUGCAAGACGAAAGAGUACGUAUAAAUAUAUAAAGUAAAUGUAAAAUAUGUUUAUGCGUAUGAUUGCCGGUUGCUGUCACCGUCGAACUCCGAGUGCAGAACAUUCCAUUUUUCCAAUGGGAGAUAAGCGAGCAGAAAAAUACAUAGGAAAGAAAGACGAACGGGACAAAAAAAGUAUAGACAAUUUUAUUAAAAAGAAAGAGAGAGAGAGAGAGAGAGGGAAAGAGGGAGAACGUACGAGCGAAAG